CCAAACACAGUUCAGCGCCACACGCUCGGAGCAGAGAGCCGCAGCUGUCCGUCCGACACGAAACAAACUCUGCUGACUGGAAGAAGACUCUGAACUCGACUUUUAGGAAGUCUUUACCUGCGUACACCUGAGAAGGAAAGGCCUCAAGUCUCGCGUGAAGUGCAUCUCCCGCGGUCUCUUCUGCUUGGAGUGAGCUAGCUUAGCCUGUUAGCCUAGCAGGACAACCAGUCACCCGCGUCCGUCCGUGCGGGACUCUUUCUGUCCACCCUCAGGAGACAAACCCACGGAGCUGCACCAGAACUGAUCCACACUUUGACUUCAACCCGCAGCUGCACGAUCCGGAUCCGAACUCGACUUUUGCACGUCAAGUUUCAACGAAACGGCAACAAAACACAAUCUGCAAAAACAAGGAAGUGUGAAUGAAGUGUGCUGCCAGCUAGCACCUAGCCUGCCCUGCAGCUCAGACUGUGCAGAGUCCUGCAGAGUCUCUUAUUGAGUAUCUGUGGAAACAAAUCAGCCUGUAGUUGAUAUUCUGACUGUUCUCUACCGGAAACAGUCUGCUGGUGUUCUUUCUUUUCUCCUUAAACUUAUAAAAUAAUAAAAUAAAGAUGAUUCCGGAUAAAGCGCCGAAGGAAAACGUCCUCCACGGGUCUGAAGACCUGAAGGAAGAGGCUCACAUCUCCAGCUUUGAGAAGUAUAAAGAGCUCUACCUGAGAUCUAUAGAGAACCCGGAUGAGUUCUGGGGAGACAUCGCCAAAGACUUCUUCUGGAAGACCAAACACACGGGUCCGUUCCUCGACUACAACUUCGACGUGACCAAAGGAGAAAUAUUCAUUAAAUGCAUGGACGGCGCCACCACCAACAUCUGCUACAACGUGCUCGACCGCAACGUCCACGAGAGGAAACUGGGCGACAGAGUGGCCUUCCACUGGGAAGGCAACGAGCCCGGGGAUGAGCUGACGGUGACGUACAGAGAGCUGCUGCAGAGGGUCUGCCAGUUUGCAAACGUGCUGAAGUGUCAGGGAGUGAAGAAGGGCGAUCGCGUGUCCAUCUACAUGCCCAUGGUGGUGGACCUGGUGGUCGCCAUGUUGGCCUGCGUCCGCAUCGGAGCGGUUCACUCCAUAGUGUUUGCUGGUUUCUCUGCGGAGUCUCUGUGCGAGAGGAUCAUGGACUCGCAGUGCUCGCUGCUCAUCACAGCAGAUGGUUUCUAUCGGGGAGAUAAGCUGAUCAACCUGAAGCUUUUAGCUGAUGAAGCGAUGCAGAAAUGCAGAGACAAGGGUUUCCCAAUAAAGAGAUGCAUAAUGUUGAAACAUCUGUGUAAAGACGUUGAAGAGUCUCCUCUGGGCUCUCAGUCUCCUCCGGCCAAACGCACCUGUCCUGACCUGCAGCAGGAGAAACAGUCAGGCAGAGUAAAGAAAACACGUCCUGUUCCGCAGGUGCCGUGGAACCCCGAGGUGGACUUGUGUUGGCACGAUCUGGUCAGAGGAGCUUCAGACGAGUGUGAACCUGAGUGGUGCGAGUCUGAAGACCCGCUCUUCAUCCUCUACACCAGCGGCUCCACUGGCAAACCAAAGGGCGUCCUCCACACAGUCAGCGGCUACAUGCUCUACACCGCCUCCACCUUCAAACUGGUGUUCGACCACCAGCCUGACGACGUCUACUGGUGCACGGCGGACAUCGGCUGGAUCACCGGACACUCGUACAUCACGUACGGACCGCUGGCUAACGGCGCCACCAGCGUCCUGUUCGAGGGCCUGCCUACUUACCCAGACGUGAGCCGCAUGUGGGAGAUAGUGGACAAAUACAGCGUGACCAAGUUCUACACGGCUCCGACCGCCAUCAGGCUGCUGAUGAAGUACGGCAGCGAGCCGGUGCGGAAGUACAAAAGAGAGUCUCUGAAGGUUUUGGGGACGGUGGGAGAGCCGAUCAACCCCGAGGCCUGGCAGUGGUAUUACUCAGUGGUGGGAGAGAAGAGGUGUCCGAUCGUCGACACUUUCUGGCAGACGGAAACCGGAGGACACGUGUUGACUCCUCUACCUGCAGCCACGCCCAUGAAACCAGGAUCUGCUACGUUCCCGUUCUUUGGAGUGAUACCCGCCAUCUUGAAUGAGUCGGGAGAGGAGCUGGAGGGGCCGAGCGAAGGAUACCUGGUGUUCAAGCAGCCGUGGCCCGGCGUGAUGAGGACGGUGUACGGAAACCAUCAGAGGUUUGAAACCGUCUACUUCAAGAAGUUCCCGGGAUACUACGUGACAGGAGACGGUUGCCGUAGAGACAAGGACGGCUACUAUUGGAUAACAGGGAGGAUAGACGACAUGUUGAAUGUUUCAGGUCACCUGUUGAGCACGGAGGUGGAGUCGGCUCUGGGGGAGCACUGGGCCGUGGCCGAAGCCGCCGUGGUGGGACGACCUCAUGCCGUGAAAGAGAGCCUGUACUGCUUUGUGACGCUCACAGACGGAGUGAAGUACAACCGCCACGCUGGAGGCAGAACUCAAGAAACAAUACGGGAGAAGAUCGGCGCCAUUGCAACGCCAGACUACAUCCAGGAAGCUCCGGGACUCCCCAAGACCCGAUCUGGUAAGAUCAUGCGACGGUUGCUCCGUAAAAUCGCCUGUGACGAGCGAGACCUGGGCGACACCUCCACUCUGGCCGACUCCUCGGUGAUCGAGCAGCUCUUCCAGAACAGAUGCUGCACCGCCGUCUGACCGCCUCCUCUCACGUCCUCGCAGUGAGGCGCCAAAACCCAGCCAGGGAGGGUGAGGAGGAGGAGGAGGAGGAGGAGGAGGAGGGAGGAGGAGGAGGAAUCUAUGAACUUAGUCUUGUCCAUGAAACAAUCUUUAGCUCCUGAUGUGCAGCAGAGAGCCCGCUGUCAGAGGAGAGAGCAGCAGGUGGAGACACGUCUGCGUCUUCACUGAGACAACAGAUUUUAAACAACAACAAAGUGUAUGAAUGAGUUUAUCAUCCUGUUGGUGUGAAUGUUUUCUAGAAGCUGAGAGAGAGAGAAUCCUUCAGGGGUCAGAACAGGGUAACACUUCAUUUCAGUUUAUUCCAGCGUCGUCUGUCAUGUACGAGGACAUUCAGAUAUUUUUAAACAUCCAGUUUUACUCAUCAGGUGGUUAAAUGACUUGUAGACACAAAAAGAUGAUUUCAGAUCCAAACAGAAAUGACUCGCCUUUGAAGACGACAAACUGACCACAUAAUCUGUGCUCGCCGCGGUCUCUCAGCGCCAGCACUACGCCUCCGUUCGCUGCCACUUUAGUCAAUGAGCGGUCCGUCUCCAGAGCGGGCCAGCGGCGCCACUACACUCUGCUCCAUUUCAAACAUUCUGAGUGUCUAUUUUAAACGGAGCUCGCUGCAAGCGUGCGUCAAACUGGACAGAAUAUGACAACCCAGACAGGAAGUCAGACAAGGAAAUGCACAGAGCGUCUGCUCAAUUUCAGAGUAAAACACAACACACAGACUCCUGAUCGUAUUUUUCAUCAUUUUAUUUUGACAUCAAAACAGGCAGCGAACAAACAAAUCAUCUUCAGAAAGACAGAGCAACAUGUUUGCACUACUUCUCCUGUGAUGUGUGUACAGCUGAUCAAUGCUGCGCUCACGUUCCAGAAACAGAUCCAGUGGGACAGGGCGCUCGCCGUCUGCACAGAUUAUGUGGAAAUUGGGGGUCAGAAGAAUAAGUGUGUUUCUCACAUUAACGAUAACGAGCACUUUGAGUCGACACACUCUCCCUUUUCUUUCAUCUUCAACAGCAAAUUCAAAUCUUUUUGUACCUUUGAGUCAUUAAAGAUCUUCUAAUUUGUAAAACAGGUUUUGAAAAUGUCUGAAAAUCCCUCUGAGGACAAUAAAAACCGUCUUCAGUACUUCCUGCCACAGUGAGUCCUGUGUCAGUGCAGGACAAGAGGACGAGAGUCUUCACUGGAAUAAAGCUGAUGUGACAUGUGACCAUUAGCUGGCCUGAAGUUAAGACAACAAGUCGUCUCCUCCCUCGCUCCAUGCCAUAGUACUGUUAUGUACACUGAUGAUAAUCUCAUACUCGAGAAAACAACGCCUCUUUAUGUUUUCACUCUGAAGCUUCAGUGUUUAUCCAGCUCUGCAUGGGUCUGUAAACCUUUCUGUGUUCUAACCUCUCUCCAUUUUUCAAAAGCAUCUCCAAUAUUGAUCCUAGUUUGAGCACGUUUCUGCUCGAAGUGUAGUUAAAUUACCCAAACCUUUGACUACCCUUUUUUUUAAAUUUGGUAUUCCUGUGAUUAUUUGUGGCAGCAGGAUAUUGUAGGGAACAUAAACUACAAUGUAUGAUGUGUGUGCUUUCACCCUGAUGUGUUUUUAAUUGUUUUUCGUCUAAAAUGGCGCUCUAUUGGACGGAGGAAAAUGACGUACAAAAACUAUUCAGCCAUCACUGUUGCUGUAUUUCUUUAAGGGAUUUGUCGACUGUGAGAAAACUCACCAGACGUCUUCCAUCCAUAAUCAAAGAGUAAAUGUUUCCAGUCAGAAUCAGCUGAGCUAUGAGCGACUUUGACUUGAUCGUGAGAAUGUUUGAUUCCUUCAGAGCGACACCGACUCAAAGCAGGACCGCUCACAUCAGCUUUUCAUUAUUUAAUCUUUAUUUUUUUAUUAUUUGCUGUUGCUGUUUGUGUCUCAAUGUGCCAACCUAAGGGACAGCCGGGGUGUAUCAAGCUAAUAACUGUAUGCAAUGUUAUGAUUAAAAUAAGUUGCAGCUGUUUAUUUGAUUUAAAGCGUGUUUGUCGUGUAUGAGAUUUGUUUCUGUUUUUUUGUUUUAGUUUAAUCUUUGUUUUAAUUUCCCUGUUUGUGUCGACCUGUAUGUAAACAGAGUAAAACAAUACAUGACUACUGCCUCA